AUGGCAACUGCUGGAUUACAUAAGGCUUCAUUGCAGGAUUCAUAUAUUGGUGAAAAUCAUUCUCCAGCAUCAAGGAGGUGUGGUAACAAAGAGAGGUCAACCACCCACACAUCCUCCAUCAGGAAAAUGUGGAGGGAUCUUGAAAGUGAGGGCAGAGUUGGAGAGAAUGGAAGGAAGCAAAUGAGUGGCAUGCAGACUGGUAAUGAAAGUCGAUGCUCGUCUUCUUUGGGAGGUGAAAGCAUGGAAAGUGAAGACACAUCAAGGGAUGCCAAUGAAAUCGAAAAUGAGUGUCCUCAAAAUCAAAACCAAAACCAAAACCAAAAUCAAGUAGUGCUUCAUAACAGACAAGAGGAUAACAACAGACUGAGUUUGCAACAGUCUCCUUUUGAUGUCCCAGAAAAGGAGCGUGUGAGGAAGAUUUUCCAUGAGUGGGGAAGCAAAAGCUUUGGGGGCCAUACAUCGUAUAACUCGCACAUAAACAAUUGCUCAAGGUCACAAUGGCUUGGGGAGAAUGAAUGCAAGAGGGUGAGGGUAGUGAGGGACCAGAUAGAAUUGAGCACUCAGCAAGGAGAUGGUUGUCGAACUGGUUUAGAAGAGCCAGCUACAGAAAUUGGUUCGCACAUCAGACGAGUUCAAGAUGGAUCAGUAGAUUGUGGGGUUGGUGCACGAAGGCCUAUCCGAAGGAUAUAUGGCAGACAGGCUCUUCUUGACUUGUUAACGAAGUUUGAGAGGGAAAGGGAGACGGAGCUUGAGAGUUUGUUGGAGAAUAGAUUUGUAUCAAAUUUUGCUCAUCGCCACCGCAUUCAGUCCUCACUCAAAGGUAGAUUUUUGCGGAAUCAAAGAUUUGUAGAAGGUGAAAAACAGACUUCCGUUGCAGCAAAUGAGUUGGGGUUAUUGAGGCAAACACAAGCUGUAUCUGAUAUAAGGAAAGGGUUCCUCUCCAGAUUGAAUAACCAUGACCAUGCUCCAGAUGGCGCCCCGUCUGACUCUGACACCUCGUCUGACAAUGACAUGAUUGAACAAGCUGAUGAAAUUGUUCAGGAGAUACCAGAUGAAAUUGGUGAGGAAUUUGAAACAACUAAUUUGGCAAGUGGCUGGGAAGCCUGCAAUCCACAAGAAUUUGCCACUUCAGUAGGAGAAAGGCAUGAAAACAUUCUGCAAUACGAGGAAAGUGAGGAACUACCGCUCACUGAAACGAGAAGCCAGGAUCAUGAUGGUUCAGUAGAAACAAAUCAAAAUAUUUACCACUCUGAACUGUCACGAGGAACAUUGGGCACUGAAUGCAUAGCACACGGCCCUCUGCCAGAAGUAGACGAAGUAAUGCUUGGUCAGUCCAAUGUGGAGGAAUUGGAAAUACACGAGGCACCUGUGUGUUUGCAUCCUUUACAGACCAGCACAGAUAGCUUCAAUUGGCAAGAAGUUUCCACACAGGCAGAAGAGUGGAAGGAAUCAUCUACAGAAGAUGAUGAUGAGGGUGGAUGGCAUCAUUUAACUCGUAUUGACUCAGAUGUCAAUUUAAAUGACAAUGAAGAUGGAUGGUAUCAGGAAACAGUAGGGAGUGAUUUCCAAGAAUUACAUGAAGAAUGGUAUGACAAUACUCUAGAGGAUUCCACAGAAAGUUGGUUUGUUGGAAAUUCCUAUCAGGAAGCUGCUCCGGUUGGUGGGAGUUAUGCAUUCUAUUUGUCCGAUGAUGAUAAUGGCAGCAGAUUUGAACUCGGAGAACUUACAAGCAGGAGAAGAGUCUCUAAUCUUCUUCAAAGUGAUUUCGGUGCAAGACUGAACCAGUUGUUGCAAUCAUAUGUGGAUAGACAAGAUCAGGCAUUUGAUUCGGAAAAUGAAUGGAGUCUAGGCAGAGAACAGCAAAAUCAGGAACAACAGAGUCUAGACGAGAAUCCAGGUGGCAUAGAGGCUCAUCUUUCAGCGUCAGUCAUCCCCCAAACAGAAAGUAACAAUGAUUUGCAAGGUGCAGCUGAUAGGCAAUUCCCUGAUAUCAAUCAGCACUUUGGAACUGGACGGGAUAUCAUCAAUGGAUUAAGGAUUGAUAUGGAUAUGCUUCAGCAAAGGAUGAAUGACAUGCAGAGGAUGCUGGAGGCCUGCAUGGGUAUGCAACUUGAGUUGCAACGGUCCAUGCAGCAAGAGGUUUAUUCAGCUCUGAAUCGAUCAUCAAAUUCAGGAGGUACGCGUGAAGAUGGUAUACAGAAUUUUGACGGUGAAUCAAGUCAUGGAAAAAGAGGAGUUUGCUUCGUAUGCUGUAACGAUGGUUUUGAUUCUCCACCCAACAAGUCAUCUGCGCACAUGUAUAUAUGCUCAAAAUGUGCCGAGAAAAUAAAUUGGUCGAAGCUAAAGGGAAGUGUAAGGCACCCGUAAGCGGAGGUGAACACAAAAUGCAUAUUUAACACUCUAGGAUGAAAUAAUAGAUCCCGGGAAUUAACACUUGGAAUAAUAAAGAUAACAGUAUCUUUCUCGUCAGGUAAAUCUCAUUACCACCCUUGGACGGAUUCCAUUGUUUCCCGUUCCAUCGAUUGUAUAAUCGCGUAACAGGUUAUUUUGGUAAUUGCUGAAGCUGAUUGCUUUGUUUGAUGGCAAAAUGCUGAAAUUGGCAAAGGUCAUGAAGAUGGUAGCACAACAUUGAUGACAAGUCCAGACCAAUAGGUAGAUUAAGUUACUAAUAACAUAUUUGUUUUGGGUUUGGGUUUGGGUUUGGGAUUGGGAUUGAGAUUUGUUUUUAACCUCUUACGCUUACUGGGAGAUGAUACAAUAAAUCAUUAUACUUUUUUAG